AUGUGGGUGCAUGUGUCUAAAGAUUAUGAUGUUGUGAAGAUAAUGAAAUCGAUGCUGGAGUGUGCAACAAGAAAGGUGUGCAAGUUAUCACACGAGGAUGUUAUUAGGAAUCAAUUCGAAGUGGUGCUGAACAAGAAGUUUUUACUUGUAUUAGAUGACGUGUGGAACGAGGCUCCCCAUGAUUGGGAUGACUUCAAGUUACUUUUCAGACUUGCGCAUCCCGGGAGCAGGGUUAUCGUAACCACUAGGAGUACAACUGUUUCUUCCAUUGUUACGUCGAAUGGUGACAUUUUGUGUUUGGAUAUCUUGUCUCAUGAUCACUGUUGGGGCAUCAUCAAGCACGGUUUAAGAACAAACGUUGAACAGCGUCCAGAUUUGAAGGAGAUUGGGGUGAAAUUGGCAGAAAAAUGUAAAGGUGUUCCCUUGGUAGCUAAGGUGAUUGGGGAUUACUUGCAUAUCAAAUCAGAUCAGAGAGAAUGGGAUAGCCUGCUGAACUGUGACCUUUUGAACUUGGCAGCGGAUGAUAACAACCUCUAUAAUGUUCUCAAGCUGAGUUAUGAUCAUUUGCCGGCAGAUUUAAAACGUUGUUUUACCUAUUGUUCUGUAAUUCCUCAUUGUCAGAGAGUUAAAGUGCAGGAUUUGAUUCAGAUGUGGGCUGCACAAGGUUUCAUUCAAGCUCAAGGAGCAAGAAGAAUUGAUGAAAUAGGAAUGGAGUAUUUGUUGGAAAAAUUGAAAAGAAAUAUUGCUGCAAUUAUACUCUAUAUCAAAUCACAUAGAGAACAAAUAGAAAAAUUAAGACAAACCUUUUACUGA